GCUGUGCGCACACCGAUCAGUCUGCCAAUACACGCGAAGAAGAAACAACAGGGAGAAAACGAAGAAGAAGAAAAACAAAAUCGCUAUCACCCAGCUAGCUUGGCUGCUCACGUCGCGCAAAUCCUGAGGUGUGUGCCUUCAUCACUCUGCCUCCCCUCCGCCCCCCUUCACCCGGUCCGCAGUAUUGUUCGGGUUUUUAGCUCUUUUCCUGACCUGCCAACAUGCCAGCCGCGCUUACAGAUUCCAGUCAGGUAAUCUGUGAAGUCUGGGCGUGCAAUGUGGAGGAGGAAAUGAGGAAGAUCCGGCACAUCAUUCAAAGCUUCAGUUUCAUAGCUAUGGACACAGAAUUCCCCGGGGUGGUUGUCCGGCCGAUCGGGGAGUUUCGGAGCACAGUGGACUACCAGUACCAGCUGCUGAGGUGCAACGUAGACCUCCUGAAGAUCAUCCAGCUCGGCCUCACGUUCAUGAACGAGGAAGGAGAAUCCCCCCCCGGCACCAAGACGUGGCAGUUCAACUUCAAGUUCAACCUCACAGAAGACAUGUACUCACAGGACUCCAUAGACUUACUCCAAAACUCCGGCCUCCAGUUUAAAAAGCACGAAGAAGAGGGAAUUGAAACGCUCUACUUCGCCGAGCUGCUCAUGACGUCUGGUCUGGUGCUGUGUGAAAACGUCAAGUGGCUCUCCUUCCACAGCGGCUACGACUUCGGCUACCUGGUGAAGCUCCUGACCGACACGCGGCUCCCGGAGGAGGAACACGACUUCUUCCAGAUCCUCAACCUCUUCUUCCCCGCAAUCUACGACGUGAAAUACCUGAUGAAGAGCUGCAAGAACCUGAAGGGGGGGCUGCAGGAGGUAGCGGACCAGCUGGAGCUGAAGCGGAUCGGGCGGCAGCAUCAGGCUGGGUCGGACUCGCUUCUCACCGGCAUGGCUUUCUUCAGGAUGAAAGAGCUUUUCUUCGAAGACAACAUUGACGACGCAAAGUAUUGUGGGCGAUUGUACGGCCUGGGCUCGGGCUCCACCCAACCCCAGAACGGCCUCUCCAGCUCGGGCCAGGAGGAGACCAACAACAAGCACUGACUCCAAGUAGAAGACACACUUGUUUUUAAAACCCAACCAGCAGCAUCCCCCCCCCCCCGUGAUUUCCCUCAACACUCGACCCCUGAACGAGACUAAACAACCCCUUUUUCUUUAAGUUUCCUCCUGAGUGACUGUAAAAUGGACCCGCAGUGACCUAGGAUCCUUCACUGACUCCGUCGGUUUUUUUCUUCUUUUUUUUGAGUACGCGGCCAUAUGUCCAGAACACUUUUUAAAAUGUUUAUUUUUCUUUUCAGCAGCUUUGUAGGGACGCCCGUCAUUAACAGCAUGGGACCAGCCCCUGUAUCAUACUGUGAUUUCUGACCAAACUUUGCCAAAAACAGUCCGAUUCUUCAGUUCCGACUAUCCUCCUCGUCAGCGGGAAGCGUCUCUUGUUGCAGGGAUCUCGUUUUUUAAGUUAAUGUUGGAAGGGCCUGUAAAUUACCAUGUAUAAUUUUGAUGAAAAAUAAAAAUGUUUUAGCUCUUUUCCACUUUCAGAACCUUUUAACAGCGGGAGUCGAGGUGUGUAACGGUGCUUGGUUAUGCAUGUUUCAAUGGUCCUGUACGUCCAGCCGCCAAACCGUUGUGGUUACUGUUGUUUUUACAUUCUACAUUGUUUUAAACAGUUGUAUAUUAAAUUGUUUUGUAUUUUCAA